CUUGUGUCUCACAGAAUAUAGAGGACAAGCUUUACCUAAAAUAUUCACACAGAACAAACGGAGUAGGCUUUUGUUGAUUUAUAUGUCUUGGGGAGUAAUGGCACAACACUUGGGGUGGGGUGUCAUACAAGAAGAAGGGUGGAGGAAGGGCCCUUGGACUGCUGAGGAAGAUAGGCUUCUCAUUGAGUAUGUCAAGCUUCAUGGUGAGGGAAGAUGGAACUCUGUGGCUAGGCUUGCAGGAUUGAAAAGGAAUGGGAAAAGUUGUAGAUUGAGGUGGGUGAAUUAUUUGAGACCAGACCUCAAGAGGGGCCAAAUCACACCACAUGAAGAAACCAUAAUUUUGGAGCUACAUGCUAGGUGGGGGAACAGAUGGUCAACAAUUGCACGAAGCUUGCCCGGAAGAACUGACAAUGAGAUCAAGAACUACUGGAGAACUCAUUUCAAGAAAAAGGCAAAAUCCGACAACAACGAAAAGGCGAAAGCCCGCCUAUUGAGAAGGCAACAGUUUCAACAGCAACAACGACAACCACAACAACAACAACCACAACAGCAGCAGCAGCAGAUAAGCCAAGUGGACAUGAAAAAGAUCAUGUCAUUGUUUGAUGAAAGUGACAAUAGAGUGCCAUCAUCACUGCCUCAUCAAGUGAGGCAAGACAUGGUAACUCUGUAUCCAAACACUACCGUUGAGGAACAAGCCAGCUUCUUGUAUCCCCAAUUCAAUGGCUAUGCAUCUGGGUUUGAGUCUACCAAUGAAGACAACAUGGCUUUGUGGGAUGGCUUGUGGAACUUGGAUGAUCAUGUCUAUGGCAAUUUGAGCAUGGCAUGUGCGGCAAACAAAGCUGGUCUGCACCACACUUUAGCCACUCCCUUCUAUUGAUUUCUCUAGUAUUUUUUAGUUUCAACAACAUAACCCCCCGAACCAAAAAAAACGAAAAAAAAAAAUUCAAGAAAAGUGUCUAGAAUUUGAAAUGUGUAGAUCAGAUUCAAGUUUAAAUCUACACUUUACAUUCAAAUUUUGGGUAUUUUUCUUGAUUUUUUUUUUUUGUUGGGGGUACUUAGAAUUUUUGUUUUUUGAGUUUCAUUUUCUUGGUGCAUGUUUAGUACUAUAUAGUUCUUAAUGAGGAGACUAAAAUUGUAAUCAAUCAAGGCAAUAUUUGGUUAUUCACCUAAUAACUUUGUACCCCAGUUGAUUGAGUCAUCUA